CGUACAACGAGUGACUCAUUUUGUGUUUUCAAAUGAUAAGAGGCGUGUGAAGUGAACACUGGUUUGUGUGUGCAUCCAAGAAAAAUAAAAGAUAAUACACACUUUGUUUUAGAAAUGACGGACACCAUAUGUGUCUAAUUCGUAUUAGUAAUAGCCUGAUUCAUGGUUACUCGAAUGGUAUGGGUCGGUAGCAGGCUACGUUGAGCAUUCUCUUUGAGCUUGUCUAUUGAUUUGAAUCCAUGCAAGUAUACGAUGAAUGACUCCUUUCUGUGAAAAUUCUUGCCUUACAUAACUUCUUUGUUCCUCUGUUUCCAAAGGGUCCAUACCUAAACCUAAAUCCACUCCAUCCCCAUUUUUCAUUGGUCUAUUCAUAUACUUAGGAAUGGAAUCUCUGACCAAGUCAAACCAAGAAAUAUCAGUUUUCCUGCAGUGUGCACUGAACCAGAGUUCUCUUCAACUGUCAACUUCCCAUGCACGAUAUCAUCUUGUGGAACAAAAUUGAUGACACUUGUCUGUACGAGUGUGGAUGGAUUGACAUUUUGCAUUGAUAAGACUCAUACCAGACAUUUUAUAUCCUGUUGGCUUCCCAGCUAGAGCAGAGAGGAAGUUAGUCUUCCCAGCUCCUGAUGGACCCAUGACAGAUGUAUAAUACACCCUGGCUUGAUUUUCUCAGCUUCUUUGAAUGAAUCCUCUCUUUUCUUGACUUGGUGGUCAGCAGUCCUGAGAAGGUGAGGUUCUUGUUUUCUUGCUGCAUGGCCCUUUCCCUCUCAAGUUGUGAAUAAGCAUACCUAAAAAUUUGGCUGUCUGUACUCACAUCCUUCCCCUUGGGUUUAUGAUCCAUUUCAGAUGUUGAACUUGCAUGACAGUCAGGCUCCAUGUCAAGUUGAUACACCGAAUGGACACAAUGAGACUGUUCCUUUUUUCUUUCCAAUUUCUGGGGGUAAAGGAAGGCGAUGGAUAUGCUAUGGGUAUGAAUUAUCAUCUUCCAUCAAAUGUUCGAGAGAGCUGAUGAACUUGAGAAUAUUCAUUUCCCUUCCCAAAUGGUGGUGUACAGGAUCCAGAUGGAUGUCGAACUCUUGAUCGCCCAGUAAGAUAUUCAUCACCAUUAUCUUCAUCAAUCUUGGCUUCCUUCAAAAUCACAGGUAGCUCUGCUGGUGCAGAAUGUUUCUUCCUGGAGAUGUUUCAAAGAGCUGAGCCUGCAAUCCACCAGCACCUUCUGCCGAUUUCCAUCUUUGACAUGCUUUCGCUGUUUUAGAACGACGGUGGCUGUUUCAGGCAGUCAUAACUAACCAAGGCGCAUGUGAUGGCGGCUGCGAUGGUGACGAUAACAAGGUGUAGAAAGAAGGAAAAAAACAUCUUUAUCCCAAGUAUAAUCCUGCGAUACUUCUAUAAAUUCCCCCCUGCCUCUGCCACUGCCACAGCUGGAUGUAGCCAUCGAUUCUAACUAUAGGCUGGACAAGUGAUAACAAGUAACCACAUUGUACCCGUACGGCCUGGAAAAUAUCAAAAUUCUCCCGUUGGUCUUCCCGCCCUCUAAUCAACUUUUUCCCUUCUUCACAAACCCUCUUCCGUCCUCCAUAAAUCAUGCACUACAUUAUUCCCAGAAAUCAAACAGAGACAGACAGAUAGAAGAAACGAGAAGGAAGAAGAAGAAACCAAAAGAUGACCAGAUUCAGAUUAACCCCUCCACCUCUGCUUCUUCUUCUUCUUCCCCUCCUGAUUUUCUCUGCAACUUCUCAACAAACCAUCGAACAGAACCUGGAACGAGAUGCCAUAUUCCAGCUGAAAGCCAGCUUGAACAACUCCUUCCUCAACACUAACUGGACCGGCCCACAGUGCCCUUCCGAUGACUUCCCGGACAAAUGGUCGGGAAUCGACUGCAACGUUGACGGCCGAGUCACCGGCAUUUCCUUACCGAGCAUGGGCCUCGCCGGCCCAUUAAUCUCCCGCGCGUCCUUCCUCGCCUUCUCCGAACUCACCACCCUCGUGCUCCGCAACAACUCCUUAACGGGCCGGAUCAUGGACUUCAGCUCCAACCAGAAGAUCCAACAAAUCGACCUGUCACACAACAGACUCCACGGCCCAAUCCCAGUUUCAAUGGUCCGUCUCCUUUCCCUGCAAUCUCUGCUCCUUCAAAACAACUUCCUCACGGGGACCAUCCCGGCGUUCAACCAAUCAACCCUCAGUUCCUUCAAUGUUUCCAACAACGACAUCGCCGAAACAAUUCCGGCGACGGAGCGGCUGAAAUCGUUCGGCGCAGACUCAUUCGCGAACAAUCCGAAGCUCUGCGGGCCCCAGGCCUCGCACCCUUGCGUUUCCGUUACAGAGAAUGAGACGGCGGGGGGAGGAGCAAGCACGGGAUCGAAAAAGGGUUCUUCUCAAAUGUCGAGCUUCGUGAUCAUGUUCUUGCUGUUCGAUAUUGCAGGGCUGAUCGCCGUGAUUCUGCUAUUUGCGCUUUACUGCAAAAAAGCAAGAAGGUUGGAAAGAAUGUAUCAGAAAGACAGUACCGAGAAAGGAACGCCGGUGUCCACCAGUUUUGAAAGCGAGAGUACUGUAGAGAUCCAUCAUCGUGAGCCCGAUGAUCAUCAUCCGAAAAUUGAGCCGGCGGCGGCGGCGGUGGAGGUGGAGGUGGAGAAGGGGGAGAAAUUAGUAGUGGGAACUCCGAUGAGAAGUGAAAAGGGGAAGCUGGUGUUUUUGCAGGGAGGCGAGGAAGAAGAAGCGAGAUUUCAGUUGACCGACUUGUUGCAGGCUUCGGCGGAAGGGCUUGGGAAGGGAACCUUUGGAAACACUUACAGAGCCAAAAUGGAGGGAGGAUCUGUAAGGAGCGUAGUUGUGAAGCGAUUGAGGGAUUUGAGGCCUUUGACUGGUGAAGAAUUAACGAAGCAGUUGCAUUUCAUUGGUGAUCAGAAUCAUUCGAAUUUGUUGCCGCCAUUGGCUUACUACAUUUCACAGGAUGAGAAGCUUCUCGUCUCCAGAUUUGCAGAGAAUGGCAACCUCUUCAAUCGCAUCCAUGGAGGAAGGGGGACAAAGGACAGAAUCCCAUUCCGGUGGAGCGCGAGGCUGACGGUGGCGCAAGGCGUAGCAAGGGGAAUGGCGUAUCUCCACCGUAACACCACCACCAAGGCGGCGGCAGAGAGCGGCGGAAUCCCACACGGCAACCUUACAUCAACAAACGUCCUCCUCGACGAAAACGAGCGGGCUCUCGUCGCCGAUUACGGCUUCAUCCCUCUAUUAGCCGUCCCAAUUGCACACCAGGCGAUGAUCUGCUACAGGUCGCCGGAGUACCAGAACUCCAAGAAGGUAUCCAGAAAGACGGACGUGUGGAGCUACGGAGGUCUUUUACUGGAGCUCCUCACCGGUAGGGUUUCGACCUACUCCGCGGAGAAGAACGGCAGCGGCGGCGGCGGCGGUGGGAGAGUGGAUCUGUGGAAUUGGGUGUACCGGGCGGUGAGGGAGGAGUGGACGUGCGAGGUGCUGGAUGCGGAGAUCGGGGUGCAGAGGAAUGGAGUCCCUGGAAUGCUGAAGCUGCUGCAGCUUGCGAUGAGGUGCUGCGAGAAGUCACCGGAGAAGAGGCCGGAGAUGGCGGAGGUGCUGAAGGAGGUGGAAGGGAUUAAGGCCGUGGGUGAAUCAGAGGACGAGGAAGAUUUGUCGAUGGAACAAUCGCUCGAGGACGAAUCCAUCUCCACGACGACGACAUCUGCCAAUGGCGGAUGAUGACAACUAAUUUAAGCUUCUUGGGAUUUCUUGUGUUCUGUUUUAGUCUUUUUCAUUUCUUUGUUUUGAUUUCCCAGUUUGAUUUUAUCGGAUGUCUUUGGGCUUGGUAUAAAAAGUGGAUAUAUUU